AUGAAUUGUAUCCCAUUAACCUUGCUGAUGGUGACUGGUGUUGUUUCAUAUGUUGGUGAAGACAUGGAAGGGUUAAAUCAUCUUCACUACCUAUUUUACCUGAAUUCCAAUUAUCAGUCCUGUGUGGGGACUUUGAUUGCCCCUCAGUGGGUAUUGACAGCGGCACACUGCUUCUUACCAGAUCUUCAGAUCAUCUUUUAUGGCAGUUCCACAAAUAUUCAAGACUUUACUGGGGAGUUUGUACCUUAUGACAGGAUCAUUAUUCACCCAAAUUUUACCGUUACCUCUCCGAAAGAUGACCUCAUGCUGAUAAAGCUACCUCUACCUUUUACCUUCUCCACCGUGAUUUUUCAGUUGCCUACUCUCAAGAAUGCAAUUAAAGAUUGUUUGAUUCACACUUGGUUAGACAACAAAAACUUUAUUGGAAAUUCAAAGCAUAAGCUGCAAAGAGUCAAGAUUCAACUGAGCUCUAAUAUAAACUGCAAAAAAUUACUGGGUGAAAAACUCCUUGAAAACAUGUUCUGCAUAGGACCCAUGCUAGGAACCCAAGAGCCCUGCCAGGUGGUCACAGCGGCACCAGCCAUCUGUGGCGGUGAAUUACAAGGAAUUUUAUCUUGGGAAACUGGAUGUAUUCUAACAGGAUAUGCUGUUGUCUUCACCGACCUACAUAACUAUGUUCCAUGGAUCAAGAACGUUAUGUCUACAAAAUAAGCUGAUAUAGAGCUCCACUGACACCCUUACCUCCCGGCUGAUCCACAGCAACCACAUUCUGUAUCUCAGUCCCAGUCUCUCCUAGGGUCUAGGCUUGAUUGGAGUUCCAGAAGAGAUCGUUGAUGACUCUUG